AUGUUGGCUGAACAGUCAUUGUACGCUGCUCCGGCGUUUACCACUGCAGAUGCUGUGACAUCAGCUUCUUCUUUCGAAAGCAGCAACGCUAUUUCUGGGGACUUUAUGGGCUUCGGUUUGACUGCAGACGAGGAACCCGUGUGGAACAUGAGUCCGUUAUCACCAUCUUUCGCCAACUGGAAUCCGAACAUAGACACCACAUUUGUACCUGCUGCUGCGCUGGAUCGAGACUUCAAGCACACGCAGGUCCGAAACGGCCAGCCUACGCCACCUUUAGACGACCAGCGGCCCGCUUUGUCAGGAGAUAUUAUGGCGGUCUUCGAAAAUCAUAAUACCUGGGACGACACCCCAACCCCGCCGAGCAGUGAGAGUCAUUCUCGAAACAACUCGACAGACUACAACGUUACCGGCGGAUUCCACGCCAAUCCCCCCAAGAGGCGCAGAUUGCGUGAGCAUAAGCACUCCAUAGCGACUUCAUUUAGCAGCGGAGGGGAUUCGGAAGAUCAGGGUCCAGAACAGGUUAAACGGGAGAAAUUCCUCGAGCGUAACCGGCUAGCAGCCAGUAAAUGCCGGCAGAAGAAGAAGGAGCAUACCAUGAUGCUUGAAACGCAGUUCAAAGAACAAUCAGACAGGAAGACGGCUCUCAGCAAUGAGAUUUCGCAGCUACGCGGGGAGAUUCUGACCCUUAAAAACGAGGUGUUACGACAUGCACAAUGCGGCGAUGAACCGAUCAAGCUCCAUCUCGCGCAGAUGGUCAAGCAGAUUUCCCACAAAGACCGAAAUGACCCCACUAAAGCCAGUGAGAAUUUACCAGAUAAAACCUCUCCGCCUGUGCAAGGGUCCGUAUCUUUCGGGUUCGAAGAGUCUUUGCCGAUCGAUAGUGCUACUACUACGCUGGAGCACCAGAUUCGACGGGACUCGGAAGCGUCUAUUGCUAUAUCUGGGGAUGAGUUCGACGAUUUGAUCAACUGUUGA